CUGUGAGUGUGUGUGUCACUGUGACUCUUCUCAUGUGUGUUGCUGGAAGUCAAGCAGUAGACCUGCUAAGGGCAAAUGCUGCAUCAGGGAAUCCUCCCUCCAUUCCCAGGGUGCAAUGUUGGUGUGCAAGCUAUCCAAACCAGUCUUUUUGCUCCUGGCCUGAGCCUCCUCAUUCUCCACCAAUACACUACAUUGCCACCUACAGUGAGAGACACAGACAGCUGGACACAAAGCACUGUCAGCUCAUCCGACCAGGCUCUUCAUCCUCUGCACUGAUCUCAGCAUCCUCUUCCUCUGAUCGGCUCUGGCACUGCCUCCUACCUGACUUAAAGCUUUUCACUGACUACAUCAUCAACAUCACAGCAGUUUAUCCCGGCAAAAGCAGCUCCAGUCUAAAAAGUUUUAUGUUGGAGGAAAUUGUGAAACCAAAUCCUCCCGUAGAUGUUCGGGUUUCCCCUCAUCUUAUAAAAGGCUUGACACUGGAGUGGUCUGCUCCCCCUACUUGGGCUAACCUUGACAUCUUCCCCCUUAUCUAUGAGAUACAAUACCACAGGGAAAGCACGGGCACUCCACAGUAUCACAACGUGGAUACACAUCAUACCAAGAUUGAACUGGUUCUGGUUACCCCAGGCACCUACCAGUUCCAGGUCUGCGCUAAGGAGCUGCUGGGUCUGGGCAAGUGCAGCGACUGGAGCUCACCUGUGAACAUCACUAUACCAAAAACAAAACUGUGA